AUGCCGCGUACUCCUGCUUGGUCUACUGCGUUCAAGGCCCUCCAUUCCGGCUUGUGUGAUAAGCUCACAAUCCUGGAGAAGGUCUUGAGGUCUUCUGACCAUAGUGUCAUUGAGGUUAUGCUCGAGGCAACCUCUGAUGUCGCAUCCAAGGUCAUUGCUCAGAUUGAAGCUGACAAGGUUCCUGCUGGUGAUAUCACCGCGCACGAACCAUUGUUCAAGCUUCGACAAGCAUAUGAGACUCAUGAAGAGGCUUCCGACGGAAAGUACACAUUUCCGGCGAAGUACCGAGCUAUUCGCAGCUUCCUUCGCAAUGUGCUCGAGCGCCGAAGCGCUCAGGAAGCUCGUCCAUCCGAAAAGGCUCGUUCAUCCAAGUCUCAAGCAGCAGCUCAACUCGACGCGAAACGCCCUCGAAUUGAUGCCCCAACUUAUCCUGACUCGACUACUGUUGCAAAUACCCUUUCGUCGAUCGUGCACAACAGCGCGACGGAGUCGGUCAUCGCAAAGGCUCGCAACAUUGCAACAUCGCCUUUCGUUGACGCACCCGAGGAUGUCCUCAGAUCGACUCUCCACGACCAAUCCGUCUCAGUCCAAGUUGUCGCACACAAGAUCUACGCGCUCCUUCAAAUGUACGAUAUCCUUGUUUCCCAGUAUGAUGAGCUUGUCAAGCGACUUGAAGAUCGUACCCAGCAUGUUCAGGAGGGUACCUUCUAG